UGACGUCAUUCCUUUCACAUGGCGAAAGACUGUUUGAGAGAAUACCAAUAAAGGAUGUUGCACCAUUGGUAGAAAAGUAGUUAUUUUUGUUAGGCAGUUUUAUUUUCUAAUAACAGUUCAUUGGUCAUUACGUACGGGUGUGUUGAAGGAGUUCCCUUUUACUUAAAGUUUGUCUUUGAAUCGGUAAGAUAGAAAGACAAUAUUUGUUGUACCCCACUCAGACCCACCUUUCUCGCCAUACGGUUGACGCAAAGGGAAAAGCCGCCAUCUCAACUGCGUCUUCAACUUGAUUGAGAGAGAUGGCUAGCAACGGUGCUGACGGAGAGUCAAGCGCAGACAGAAAUGUUGAGAUCUGGAAGAUAAAAAAGCUCAUCAAAAGCUUAGAAGCUGCCAGAGGAAAUGGAACAAGCAUGAUUUCCCUGAUCAUUCCACCCAGAGACCAGAUUGCUCGUGUGAACAAAAUGUUAGCUGAUGAGUUUGGUACUGCUUCCAAUAUCAAAAGUCGUGUGAACAGACUGUCUGUACUUGGUGCCAUCACAUCUGUACAACAAAGGCUCAAGUUGUACAACAAAGUUCCACCGAAUGGUCUUGUUAUAUAUUGUGGCACAAUCAUCACAGAAGAAGGCAAAGAAAAGAAAGUUAACAUUGAUUUUGAACCUUUCCGCCCAAUCAACACUUCCCUAUAUUUAUGUGACAACAAGUUUCACACAGAGGCAUUGACAGCUCUCCUUGCAGAUGAUAAUAAGUUUGGGUUCAUUGUCAUGGAUGGAAAUGGAGCAUUAUUCGGAACUUUAUCAGGGAACACAAGAGAAGUCUUACACAAGUUUACAGUAGAUUUACCAAAGAAGCAUGGUAGAGGAGGUCAGUCUGCUUUACGUUUUGCCCGUUUGAGGAUGGAGAAACGUCACAACUAUGUGAGAAAAGUUGCUGAAGUUGCUGUGCAGCUGUUCAUCUCUAACGACAAACCCAACAUUGCUGGGCUGGUGCUGGCUGGAUCGGCUGACUUCAAAACAGAACUCAGUCAGUCAGAUAUGUUUGAUCCGCGUCUCCAAGCAAAAGUGAUCAAAAUUGUUGAUGUGUCUUAUGGUGGCGAGAAUGGCUUCAACCAAGCAAUAGAAUUAGCUUCGGAUUCCCUUGCAAACGUCAAGUUUAUCCAAGAAAAGAAGUUGAUAGGUCGUUACUUUGAUGAAAUCUCACAAGACACUGGAAAAUAUUGCUUUGGGGUAGAUGACACACUGAAGGCCAUGGAAAUGGGAGCUGUGGAUAUAUUGAUUGUCUGGGAAAACUUGGAUAUUCAGCGAUUUGUUUUGAAAAAUCAUUCCUCAGAUGAGGAGAAAAUUUUACAUCUCCGGCCUGAUCAAGAGAAGGAUAAGACUUAUUUCACAGACAAAGAGACUGGUGUGGAACUGGAGUUGAUAGAACAGAUGCCUCUCCUGGAAUGGUUUGCUAACAAUUACAAGAACUUUGGCGCAACGCUGGAAAUCAUCACAGACAAAUCACAAGAAGGUGCCCAGUUUGUGAAGGGUUUUGGUGGUAUAGGAGGUAUUCUUCGCUACCAAGUUGAUUUUCAAGCACUGGACCCCACGCUUAAUGAUGGUCUUUAUGAAGAUUUUGAUCUAGAUGACUAUUAAACUCAGUUUUGUUUUGCACAGCUGAGGCAUAGUUAGGUGUGCUGGAUGUACAAGUCCCCUUAGGUCUCUGAUAGUGGAUGUUACUUCACAACAAAAUGGUCCUAGACAAAGAAACAUGCCUUCCACUAUUUAGAGGGUGUAUAGUAAGAAAUCUUUGUUGCAAUGGGGGGGGGGGGGGGGGGGUAUUUGGUCCCAGUCGUGGAAAAAGUUUUGACGUUUGAACAUCAUUGGUCACAUAUUCUGACAGUGAGUUCUAUGAAGAUGUACUGGUCUGUAGAUAUUGUUCUCCUGCAGCUUUGCAACUUCUCAUUUCUAUUUGGGGGGGGGGGGGGGGGGAAGGAGUUGUGACAGAUUAAUGAUAAUCUUUUAUAUACACAGAUUUUGUGAGACUUUGUAUUUUGACAAAUCUUUUCUUUUUGCUAGACUAAGUGUUGGGAUAAUCAUUUGUGACAGCAAGGGAUGUUAUCUAGUGGCUUGCGGUAAUGGCCACCUGGUCUCAUGUUUGACUGAGCAUUUUGAGCAUCAUUUACAGUUGCCAGUUGGCACCUGUAUCACCAUCCAUCAAUUUAUUUUGAAAAUUCAUUUCCAGAAACAUUUUGCUUAAUAGCCUAUUAAUUUUAAAUGAUCGCGGAAUUCAUCUUGGAAUCAUUGUCAUUGUGUAGUUUAAUGCUAACUUUAUUUUGUUCCCAUUUUAAGUGUGUGUGUAAAGUGCUGGGUUUUACCAGGUACCUAAUCCAAUAGCUUUGUACGCUGAACUCUUUUGUGUGUAGUGUCAACACCUUGAAGGAGAAAACACACUUGACUUGUUACUAGUUUCAUAUUGCUUAAUAGAUAUUUACUCCUGUUUUUUGUCUCUUACAGUGUCGCUGAAAAUUAAUGGAUUUUAAAAUGAAUCCCUUUUUUAAAAAAUGUGUCUUGAAAGUUUUGAUCUCUCAAAAAAAAUUUGAUUUAAGAUUAUGGCCAGCCUGUACCUCCCGCACUAAAAGGUUGACUUGGAAGAAAGGUUGAAGUCUGUGUGAGCUGCCAAAAUAAUUCAUGAGCAUUUAUGGAGCUGUUCGUGGCUUUGACAACGUUGGUGUUGUGGCCAGUCAAUAAGUAACGGUAUUAAACUUUUGUAGGGUAAAGUAGCCAGAAGCAUAAGGUAUAUAAUUGUCAACCUUCAUUUGGUUGAUACUGUCAUAAACUUUAUAAUUCUACACUACUUGAUUGGCAUCUAUUGAAAUCAUGAUCAUUUUUUGUCCAUGAAUUGUCCAAACCUUUAUACUUCUUGUGGGGGUGGGGGCUGUGAAGAAUCAGGUUUUCUCCUGAUUUCUCUAGUCUUUUAUUUCUUUAUGAUUGUUAACUCUGCUGUGAUUGCAGUCAAUGGGGCUUAUGUCCAUUUUCUUUGUGCAUGUCACUGUUAUCGAGACAAUCGGCAAGAACCCCCGUAUUUCACAACUUUAUAGGCUGGUUCACUCAUAUGUGCAACCAGUCUUAAUUUUUGAGAUUCAGAACAUGCUGGUUGAAAUUUUUUUUUCUACAUCAGAUGUUAUAUAUAUUGUAAUGAUCCUUCAAAAAUAGGUUGAAAUAGACAGUACUAAGGAUGUUGUGCCUUUUAUGCUCAGGAAACGAUAAUACAUAGGUAGGGCUAUUUGUAUAGUGAUAGUGGUUGGAUUAUUACCUUUUCAAAGUAGGAAGGGACAGUAGUGCUCACUAAAGUGAAACCACACACAGGAUGGUGACAUGUUUAAGAUGUCUCACACCUGCAGUUUGCUCUCUUUGGUCAAGAUAUUUAGACUUUUUUAAUUGCAUGUGCUUGAAACAGUAUUUUGCUCCUUACCUAUUUGUUCCUCAUGCCAGCUUUUGAAACAUUUACCUUCCAUUUUCGUUUGCAAAACAAAGAAACAUUGUUGUGCCUAUGCAAUUUUCUUUUUUCCUUUUCAAGUUUCACAAAGUGAAGUAGUAUUGGUCAGAUCAUGCCUCAGUUGGCAUUUGUUAUAUGUAUAUUUUGUGCCACUUUUUUCUUUUUGAAGGUUUAGCUAACUGUUAAAGGUGUUAAUGAUUAAAAACUGUUUCCCACUGGCUUCUUGGAACAUCGAAAGGGGUUCUGUUGCAUCUCCUCUUCUGUGUUGCAUAUAAAGAAGACAAAGAACGGCAUUCUACUGAAUCUGGUCAAUCAUGCACUUGACUUCAAGACAUCAAAACAUACUUUUAUGAGUCAUUUCCUGAAUGUGUGAUUAUGUUUUAAUUUAUGGGAUUUUGAGGUACCUUGUAUAAGACAAGAUUGAAUACUUUAUGUACAUAGCACAUUUGAUUAAAUGAAAUGAUAUGGCAACCUAUUGUAA